GGGGUUGGAACUGGAUGAGCGCUAUGCUCCUUUGCAACCCAGGGCAUUCUGUGAUUCUGUGAUUGUAGAACUCAAUCCGGAUAAUCAACAUCUGUGAAAGUAACAGUUCAAAAACACUUUCGUUUUCAUUUUUCUGCCAGGGACGUUUUUCUAUUUCCUACCACAUGGAUGUGAGCUCUAAGGAAUGUAGAAAAUUCAUUUUCAUAGUUGUUAUUGCAGAAUCACAAAAUGGUUUGAGUUGAUGGACCUCUAAAGGCCAUCCGGUCCAAAUCCCUGCAAUGAACAGGGCUGGGGUACAGCUGGAUGGCAGCUGGACAUGGGGCAGCACUGAGCCCCCACGGCACCUCCCCCGUCACUGAUUCGUGCACAGGGGACGUGGCUGCACAGGGCCAGGUGAGCUGAGAGGCUCUCAAACAGCCCCACGCUGCCACGUGCCCCACCUCGAUUUCCCUUUCCCACACCACAACUCAAACCCAGAACUGACACAGCUUUGAAGCCUGAUGGAAGUGAGUUCUGCAGUGAUUUGCUCUCGGUCUCAGUUAAAUGUGCUUAAAAACACAGAGCUGAGAACCCCAAUGGAUGUGUGAGGAAAUUGCAAGGAGGCUGUGAGCAGCAUGCGGCCAGCAAGGCAUUAGGGCAACAGGAGCACAAAAAAAAAACUGUCCAGGAGACGGAGGUUUUUCUUCAUGCAUCAAAGCAAUGCUGGGGGCUUAGUUUGCUUUUCUAUUGGUUUUGCUUUUAAGCCAUGGGUUUUUCUACAAGAAGAAAAAGGCUUUGGGGGAAUUGCAGCGCACGACGAUCCAAACAAACGCACUGUCCUCUACGCAGGCACAGAAAUUGUUGCUGUUUUGUUGAUGUGGUUUCCAUUUCUGGUAAUUGCUGCCCCAUCCUCUCAUGGUUGCUUUGUUUGUUCUUUCACAAGCUUGUUCUGGUUUUGGUGCAAACCAAACUAAAGCUCAUUUUCAUGGCACGGGGGAUGUGUGCCCCAGGACCGACUCCUGCCCAGUGUCUCUCCUCCACGAACCUCCCUCAGAUGCAAGUCCUGGCCAAGAAGGCAGCAGUGGUUUCCUCAGCCGUGCAGCUCUGCCCUCUCCGUGCGCCGGGAGCUGGUGCCGACCCUGCGCAUAGCCGUCGCGUCCAGAGGAAGCGGAGGCUGUGGCUGUGCGUGCUUGAGCGCUGCUACGCCCACUGCCCUCGGCGCAGACAUCGCGGUGCCGAGCAUCACGGCUGCACCUCGAUGCCCCAGGAUCCGUCGACGUCGACAAGGAGCAGCCCUGCUGCCCUGUUCGUCCCCGAGCCCCGCGCGGGGCGGGCACAGCAUGCGGCAUGCGUGCUGCUGGCUGUGUGCUUCGUGGUGCUGCUCCUGACUGGGGAGCCCCUGAUGUCCAUCACCCACCGUGCCUGCACCCAGCUGGCGGCCCUGCAGCUCGGGGUGCUGCUCAAGAGCUGCUGCUGCCUGGCAGAGGAGAUUUUCCACCUGCACUCCAGGCACCACGGCAGCCUCUGGCAGAUGCUGUGUGCCUGCUUUCCUCCACGCUGGCACCUGGCCCUGCUCCUUGUCAGCGGCUCAGCCUACCUGGACCCUCAAGAGGACGACGGGCACAGCCCCCGCCUCGCCCUCGCCUGCCUGUGCCAGCUGCUGGUCCUCGCCCUCGGGCUGCAGAAGCUCUCAGCGGUGGAGGUGUCAGAGCUCACUGAGAGCUCCAAGAAGAACGUUGCUCACGGCCUCGCCUGGUCCUACUACGUCGGCUACCUGAAAAUAGUUCUGCCACGCCUGAAGGAGUGCAUGGAAGAGAUCAGCAGGGCCAACCCCAUGCUGCGGGCACACCGCGACGCCUGGAAGCUCCACAUCCUGGUCCCACUGAACUGUGACAUCUGGGAUGACCUGGAGAAAGCUGACAGCAACAUCCAAUACCUGGCAGACCUUCCUGAGACCACCCUGACCCGGGCAGGCAUCAAAAGAAGAGUCUACAGACAGAGCCUGUAUCUGAUCAGGGAUAAGGACAACAAGCCCAGGCCCUGCGUGCUGGAGUUUGCGUCCCCGCUGCAGACGCUGUUCGCCAUGGCGCAGGAUGAGUGCGCAGCCUUCGGGAGGGAGCAGCGGCUGGAGCAGGCGCGGCUGUUCUACAGGACGCUGCGGGACAUCCUGAGCAGCUCCAGGGAGUGCGCGGGCACGUACCGCCUCAUCGCCUAUGAAGAACCGGCGGAGGCCGAGAGCCACUUCUUGUCCGGGCUGAUCCUCCGGCACCUGCAGCAGCAGCAGCGCGAGGAGUACGUGGUGCACGAGGAGCAACCCCUGGGCACCGGCUCCGUGGAGCUCAGCUUGCAGGUCAGCUCCUCUGACCUGCCCCAGCCUCUGCGCAGUGACCGCCCCUGAGCCCGGCGCUCCCUGGCACCCGGGAGCCUGCAGCCCCGUGGCCGUUUGCGUUGUGCAUUUCUCGUGUAUGCACAAGAAUGUGUGGUGUGUUCUAA